GCAUUCGCGGGACUGAGCGCAUAGGUGGCGUCGUUGUAGGAACGCGAGCCAUCCUUAGCGCGAUUACGCGGUCAUCUUGGGUCUGUUUACGUCGAGCAGCCGCCAUUAACGCAUCGAUCGACGUCGCUCUGCGUAUGGAAAUAAAUAUCAGGAGUGUUGAAAACAACGCUGUGCGAUCAUCGGGACGUUGGACGACGAGAAGCUGGAUCUCAUUAACAAUACCAUUCUACCCGAGGCCGUGCAUUUCUGGGAGCGAGCGUUGAUGGUGCGGGAGACGAAGAGCACCAUUAGACUAAACAGAAAAUGCGAGAGCAGUCAAGUCUUCGUCAAGGACCACCACACGCACUGCAUAGACACUUGCCGUCCCGUCACUAUGUGCGGCGAGGUAGUCGUCCCGGAGGACCAUCUAGACGUUUGCAGAACGUGUAACGCAACGGGACACAAUUGCGGAAUAGCUGAGGGUAGCAAGGCGGGACCGGGGAUCGACGGUGCCGAUUUCGUUUUCUACGUGUCCGCCAUGCAGACUGAGCGGUGUCACAAGGGCUUAACAGUGGCCUACGCUGCUCAUUGCCAACAAGAAGCUGCCUUGGAUCGGCCGAUAGCCGGCCACGCCAACCUAUGCCCGGGGAGCAUCAGCACGAAGCCGCAGGAGUUGGAAACGUUGCUCAGCACCGUUAAACACGAGAUCCUGCACGCCUUAGGAUUUUCCGUGAGCCUCUAUGCCUUCUACAGGGACGAGAACGGCGAGCCCAGGACGCCAAGGAGAAGCGAUACCGGAAAACCGCCCCUUAAUGAAAAAUUACAAACGCAUCAGUGGAGCGAGAACACGAUCAAAACCGUGGUCAGGCCUCGCUGGCAAGUGCACGGUGGCAACGUGGAGAGGACCAUGCAAAUGAUAGUCACGCCUCGGGUCCGCGCCGAGGUUCAGGCGCACUUCAAUUGCCCGGAACUGGAGGGCGCGGAAUUGGAAGACCAGGGCGAGGACGGCACCGCUCUCACGCACUGGGAGAAGCGGGUGUUUGAGAAUGAGGCCAUGACAGGAACACAUACGCAAAAUCCAGUUUAUUCAAGGAUAACGCUCGCCCUCAUGGAGGAUACUGGUUGGUACAGUGCCAACUACUCGAUGGCGCAGGAGCUGGGAUGGGGGAAGAAUCUGGGCUGCAAUUUCGCGAUGAGAUCCUGCAAGGAGUGGAUAUCCUCCAAAUCGUCGCCGCUAUCGGGGAAGUCGAUACAUCCAUUCUGCAACAAAGUGAAACAGGACCCGUUGCAGACCGAAUGCACGGACGAUCGAAGCUCGGUCGCUCUGUGUAACCUGGUGAAGCAUCAACAGCCGUUGCCCAAGAAAUAUCAAAACUUCGACUCGAUUCCCCACGUACCAUCCGGGGAGGAACAAUAUUACGGCGGAUCUGUGUCUCUGGCGGAUUAUUGUCCAUACAUACAGGAAUUCACGUGGAGAGCACGGAAUAUAGUAGUCAGAGGAUCUCACUGCCUUUACGAGGAGAAUAACCCGCACCCGGACAAGAAUUUCGCGUUAGAGAAGUACGGUCCGCACUCGAGGUGCUUCGACCACACUAAUGACAUGUGGGAGGAGAGAACUUGCAAACAAGCGCGCCAGUGGCAACAUUGGGGUUCCGGUUGUUACCUGUAUAAGUGCGAAGCCGGCAGACUACACAUUAUGAUUAACAACUACACUUAUACUUGCUAUCACGCUGGACAAGAGAUCACCAUAAGAAUUCUGCAGAAUGGAUGGUUACAUAAAGGUGCACUGAUCUGUCCUCCUUGCCGAGAUAUUUGUCAGGUGGAAUUUAAAGCGAGGGGCGAAUGGUGUAAGCCAGGGGACGAGCAUCCACCUUCCACACAUUACCACAAAGACUCUCUUCAUUGCGCGUCUGCAAAUAGUUUCGGCCUAAGUAUAUCGACGCUCGUCAUCGUGAUCCUCGCCAUCGUCGUCCUCGCCUUCGUCGUUAGUUGAUACGUCGUCUGCUGUAGUUACUAGUUUAGCGUAUCGAGUCUGGGUUUAUAAACGUUCACUAACCCACAUACCGUUGGGCGAUAUUUUCAGUCCGAUCUGAAAAUAAUUUAUUUUCUGCGAUACCGCGCAACUACGAGUCCUCCCCUCUCUCUUUCUCUCUCUCUCUCUUUCUCUCUUUCUCCUUCUCCCUCUCUUUCUCAUUGUAUUGUGGAUAUUGACCGAGGUGACAAUCGUAAUUAAACUUAUCGUCGAUGUGACAAAGCAUUACAGCCAAAUGGUUCAAAAGGUCCCAAGAUGAAGAAACUGUCAUCGAUCGACUUCAACUACGCGCGAUAAAUAUGUACUGCGUUUUCAUGGAUCAAACGAUUAUCCAUGGUGAUAACAUGACGAGGCAUUUUGUUGAGUGCCAAUCUCGUACUGUAUAUGCUUCCUCCAUCUGGGUUACCCGUCUGUAGUGUCGACUUGCUUUCGUUAUUGCAUACAUGUUUCGCUAUGAUUGAUUCACACACAAUGUACUUUGGUGGUUGUUUUGAGUAAUGCUAACGAUAUUCAAGAAAGGUUUAGGAAUCUCGGUCACACCGCUCGAUUCAAGGUGGUGAAUCAUUACACCAUAGAUAAUUGCUGGCAUGGAUCUGACUAAUGUAUGUACACACGGAUUGCAACCGCUACCAAGAUAAGCGCAAUAUGGAAUUUUACGUAUAAAAACGAUGUAAAAGCUAACUCUGUAAAUUUAGAAUUCUAACAGAGGAACGUUACGCGUUAUCGACAAAUGCUCCUGUCGAUUUUUUUUAGAGAUACAAUAAUUAACGCGUAUAAUAUUAUAUAAAGAGAAAUGUAAACAUAGGAUACAUCUAUAUAUGCAAAUAUAUAUUUAACGGCCAAUGAUGAUGAGGAAUAUUAUAAUGAAAUCAUAUUCUGUUGACAUAUAUAAACUGUAGUAUAUACUGUAAUGGAAUAUGGUGAAACCCUAUGAAAUUAUAGAAACUGAAUAGAGCAAUGAAAAGUAUCACAAUUUGACCAACCAAAUAGUAAGAGAGCCUUUGCAAUUUACUAAUCUAGUAAUUUACUAAUAAAUUGCGAAGGCUCUUUUACCAUUUGGCUGAUCAAAUUGUGAUAUCUUUCAUCGCCCUAUUAACUUUUUAACUAGUUUUACUACAUUCUAUUAUACAUAUAUAUUAAUUUAUAUAUGUCAAAAGAAUAUCAUUUUAUUAUAAUAUUCCUCAUUAUCAUUGGCUGUUAAAUAUAUAUGUGCGUGUAAUUCUAUUUGUUUUGUGUUACAAAAAGAUAGAAUUGUCUGUUACAAAUACAUGCAAAUACCGUGUAGUUGGCAGUUUGUUACACUACUUACGCGAAAUAUUCUAUUAUUUUGUCGACAACGUGUAGCGUGUUCUUUCACACAAUCGGGAAAUUAUUUAAAUUAGGCGCGUUAUGAGUAAUUAGGCCUUGAUCUCGACAUUGAUGGCAAAAAAGAGCCUGAAUUUUGUAUUUCUUACGAGAAUAUGACGUAACUACUGAUUCUCUCUGUACUACCAAGAGAUCUGCAACACAUUCCUUGCGUAAGGAAGUUCGUGUAUUGAAAUAUGCAAGUCAUAUUAAACAAUAUCCGAAGAAAUGCGUAAACUAAUGCGAUUCAAAAGUAUGCCUGAUAAGUCAAUUCGCUGAGAAUUGUCUGAGAUUGUUGUGAAUCUGGAUGGGUAUUUCGUGAGUGUAUGUGGUAUAGAAAAGAGAUAAGACUUUGUAUAUAUAUGUAUAUAUAUAUAUUAAAAGACAACCGUUAAAUCUAAUAAUGCGACAGAUGCACGAUAGUAACUUUCGAUAGCGUAAUAUCGAAGUCUAAGUAAUUAACGUAACACACCUUGUUUGACAGGUUAGACGUUGGUGAAAUGAGUAUGUCAUCAAGAACCGAAGGCUGCUUCUAAUUUUCCGUCACCAAAUCACAUCUGAUCUGUACGAUUGUCUGUGGUCGUAUUUGUUCGGACUUUAUUUACGCGUUCGCAACGCAUAAAUGUGAUGAGGAUACUCUGAAUAUGAUUUCCGAGUGCUUUGUUAUAAAUAUAAAAAUAUGGGCGCAAUAUUUGGCGCAAAUUAGUCGUAAAUAAAACAUUACGGAUGAUACAUAUUAUCAUAUUGAAAACAUGACAAGUGUAAGUACACGGCAUGUACAUACAAAAGUCUAUGUAUUAAUCAUAAUAGGAUAUACACAGCUUUUUCUCUCUCUUUCACAAUAUUUUUACGUCAUUUCCUUUAAUUUUCUUUUUAACUAGUUUGAAACAUAAUUGAGUACAACAAAAAGUUUGUGAUUUGCGAAAUAGAAAAUUUUCAUAUCGAAAGCAUUUCUUGAAACAUUCCAUGGAAGAAUAUGUGCACUUAUCAUUUACGCAAACGUUUAUAACAUGAGCAUUCCGAUUUUGGUAUAUUUGAAAGGCUUUGGUGCGUAACUACGAGAGCAUUUAAUCUAAUUUUGUACAGAAAUCGUCGAUAUUUAACAUCUAUCGUAUUUUGUAAAGUGCUUGAAAAUAUCACGGUGUUGCAUUAAAUACCGAGAUGUAUAUUCGAGAACAUUUCUUGUGGAUAUCCGCAAUGUCGUUGCGCGACAUAACGAUAGAUUUUAAUUUGUUGGCGCGCGCCAUCCGGGCGAUAAGUAAUCGAUGCAGUGCUGAAAGGCGGACGCGAAAAGUAAAUAUGUUUUAAUGAUUCUGCAAGGCCCAACUAAGAGGAUAGAUAUGAAAGAUACAUAUGUAUGUACUUGUACACGCGGCUAUAUAAAUAAGUAUAUCAUAGAUUUUAUUCGGAGAAACUGUUACGCUGUGAGACUUCUAUGAAUACGACUAUAUACAAACUCACACGAAAUUGUUGGAAUGUACGUUUUAACUGUUGAUUUGUUGUUUCGUUUCUGACCUCUGGUGACUGGUCUACUUCGUCCUAACGAUUGCUGCAAAAGGCAUGUCAUGAUUUCAAGUCAUAACAUUUCAAUGAAUUGUACAUUGCAAUCGGUUGCGUGACUCUAGAAACUCAGGAACAAUUUCCUGGUUUCUCUUUCUUCAGUCGAUACAAGCCUGAGACGUAUGAUGCGUUUAUGGAGAUGGUUAUAAAAAUAUAAUUUCGUAGGAUAUAUAUAUAUAUAAUACUUCUAAUAAAUUAGUGGAAAAUAUUUUAAGGCGCAUAUCGAGAAGAUGUCUCAAAGGAUAAAGAUAUUAGUUUCGAUUAGCUGCGAAUAAUUUGCAGUAUCUUUGUUACAAUUGUUACGAUAGAAAAUAAUUCACUAAGCCACUUCAAUAUUCUACCACUUAAUUCUGAAAAUGUAUAAUGUAGAUUAACCCAUAUUUUCACUCUCUACUUUUGAGUAUAAGUUGUGCCAUUAUGAAAAAAAAAUGAUUCUUCGUAUCUUACUACGAUAAAUCAUAGGAACACGAUUCUUUUUAUCAUAGCAAGUAACUUAUUCGGAAAACUGUUGACAUCGGCAAAGAUUAUUUAACAAGUAAUCUAAAAACAGAAACAACAAAUAUUUAAAUAUAUAUAUAUAUAUAUAUAUAUAGAACUUAACUAUACGUAUUCUCUACGUAAGCUCUAUGCAGAAUAUGUUCAAAAAAAGUGAGAUUAUUUUUACAGGUAUCGCGAAAGAUUAAUAUCACGAUAUAAAUAUACCGUAUACCAAUCUACAAGCGUAAUUGAGUUUAAUAUCACGAGAGAUAACGAGCGAUAGCUGAUAAGUUUUAGUAUUAAUGCUAAUUAUUGCAGACCUCGUCGUCGGGGGAAUCGGGAUGCGACCGAUUCUCCCUUCAUGAAUUUGAUUAACGUGAAUUUAGGAGUUUUUUUCUUUGGAAUUGUACAAACAGCAGCCGUGCGAAUGUCGAAAAUGUUGAUUUCGAAGAUGUUUUGGAUGUGUAUCUUGAAAAUACUUUGUUCGAAAACGAGCUUAUAGUUGAGAGAUAAGGAAACACGAUUGACCAUAUCAUAACGGUACGAACGUUACCGCGAAGAAAGAUUUACGGAGCUCAAUUAUGCGUUAAUUAUUCACGAUAGGUUUCUUCCUCAGUUGGAAAGUGUGCGAGAGCCGAUCCGUGAGAUGUAAUAUUUGUUACGUGAACGCACUUCGAAAUGUAUUUUGACUGAGUUACCUAACGCGAAACGCACUAAAUCAUGAAGUACUCAUGCCACUUCUUUGCAUCGCAGCACAUUUCAGAAGUGCUCACUACCUCGGCUAUGUUAAGCGAACUAUACUUUAUUGCGAAAUUGCCACUAAAAGGGGUACAUAAGCGACGUAAUGUAAUAUAAAAAAAAAAACUCUCCUAGUAUUUUGUUUCUAUGAAUGAGAAGAAUCUGUACACAAACGAUAUAUAAUAAACGAUUAAGAGUUUAGAAUAUAAA